GAAGAAGACAAUGACACACGACAUUCCAAAUACAAAUUCAAUUUCUUCAAAGGUAGGGCACUGCACAAAAAUUGGAAUUAGACUUACCAGUUUUUUCAGAUUUCGAGGACUCGAGUCUGAAUCUGUCUGGUACAUUGAUCGUAGUUUGUCGAUCUAUCGAAUUAGAGAAGGUUGAAAAACAAGACGGAAGAAGUAGUGCAGCUGACAGUGCAAGUACAACGACGAAGAUCAUCACUAACCAGUAUUAUAGACUCACUGAUUGCAGACAACUACGAGUACGAUAGAAGUGCUAGCAAGUGGGGAAUAGCUGCGACGAGAAAGUACUAGUACAAGAAGCACAUUACAACGACAUCGACGAGGAUACUUACGUCAAAGGAGCAGAAGGCAACGGACAGGACGGCAAGAACUUAGAAAAGCAAGACUACUCAAGAACAAGAGCAAAGAGCAUCAGUUUCAGUUUUUAGAAGUAGUCCAAGUAAACCAGUUGUACUAGAGAAAUUUUUCAUUGAGGUGGAACAACAUCAAUUUCAAUAAGAAUAUCAAGAUGACGCAACAAGAAGUAUCCGCAAUGCAGGAGCUGCGCGUUGCCGCGAAACUGCAAGCACGCGAUUUAGCAUGCCUAGAUGAACAAGAAGAUCAUGUUGAGAACAAUAUAUUCAGCAGUUACAAGGAGCAAGGUUUGCGGAGUAUUCCGACACAGACGACGAUCGCGCCUUCCCCGUCGUCCAACACGCUAUGCCAUGUGGAUAGUAGGAUGUCCUUGUGCACCUUGGUGUCUGGUGCGGCAAGAGAGACCGUAAACAUGACAGAUGGCAGUAGCACGCCAGCUGAUGCAGACAGCCCGUCGACUGCCACGUCGUCGAAAACGUCGUCAAAAAUGGUGCCUGAUCAUGAUGUUGAAGAGACUAAACUCAUGAAGUUAAGGCUUGAUGAGAACAAAGUCCAUCUUUUCCUGCAUCUUCUUGGCCUCAUUUUGAAUGGAAAAAAGGAGCCGAGAUGCUGGCUGGGAUGGAUUUGAGCAAGGUCUAACGAAGGCGCCUCUUACUACUAGUAGAACUGUGGAGGAGAUCAUCGAAGGCGCGUCUACCUCUGUCGUUAAGGCUUGUAGUUGUUGUCGUCCUAAAGAUUCGAAUCGUCAUUCAACAGACCACCUUGUCGUGUGCCUGAAAAAGGCCAAUAUUCAUCGAAGGAGGUAUAAUUCUGUUUGAUGGCAAAAAGGAAUGAACAGGAUCUGACACCUGUCUCGAACACCACAGCCAUGAUGCCCUCCGCUACUUCUAUGGAGGGGGCUUCGCCGAUGAAGGGCUGCGAUAUUUUAUACGACCUGCCGCUGGCGCGAGAUCCACUGCCUGAGGGCUCUGUGAGAAAUUAUGGGCACGACAAGAGUUUUUUCUUCAACUGAGCAGAUUGACGGCAGCACUCUCUUAUACUCACAAUACUAGAGCAGGAAGACGAAGAGGAAUCUUCUGGAAAGAUCGGGGGUAGUGGAUUCUCGAUUCCGCUCAGUGAAAUCGAGAAUCGGGGGUAGUGGAUUCUCGAUUCCACCCAGAGCUACUCCCGUCGUUUCUCGUCUGCGUCAUUCAUUUCGAUGGUGUGCAGCAGAAAACUACUUCAGGCGACCUGUGAAAUUUGGUGGGCAAAGUGCCACUAAGUUAGAGGAAGACGAAGCGGAAUCUUCUGGAAAGAUUGAUGAAAAGAUGAAUGAAGUCGUUCUUGUUGAAAACUCUUUCUAGAAGCACCUGGGGAAUGAUCCCAACCCCCUCUAACAAAAACAAGCUUUCGAUCUAUUUCUCCCCGCGCUCUUGUUGUACCGUUUUAGUUUCCUCCUUUUCCUAUGGGAUGGGACUGCGGUGGAGAGAACUUCAGAGUGGCUUGGAGGAGGUGUUGGGGAAUUUCUUCGUGCAGAUACGGUCUGCGCAAUGCUAGCGCUGGAAAUGUGGACAGUGAUUGCAGCAUGUGCUACCGUGAUUCACUGGAAAGACUGCGGUCAUUGGGUUUCUCUGUGGUACUUCUCGUUUUCAGACUUGCGUUAGAUACAACUAGUGGAAGAGUACUCAGUAGGUAGAGGUACCAGGUAGAGGUACCAGUGGAAAAGUUAUACUCAUCUUCAUAGUUGUAAAUAGUAUAAACUGCAUUGAACUUUGUCGUGAACUUGUCAAGAAACAAAAUAGCAAGAUCGCUAUCUUUCUAAGUAACCACUUCCAUCCACACAGAUCAACAAGUACCACAAUCUUAAUCAUCUCAACACUCUCCAUCCUGUUGUUCAACAGGAUUUUCCUUGUCUACACGAAUGUAUGUGGAUUUCGCUUUUAUUUGUACGCCCACCCUCUCGAAUUCGUUCCGCUGCUAGUGGCGACUUGCUGUUUACCAUUCUUGCCACAGUGGAUUCAGAUUUAUGGCUGGAUGGUGGAAAUAUUGUUAAAAUGGGUAUGCAAAUUAUGCAAUACGUAGGAGCAGUGCAAACGGGCUACAAAAAAUAAAAUGAUCAUGAUUAGUUUGUAGGCUUCUCUCCUUCUUCUAGUCAUUGUUGUACUUCCUUUCCUCAAAUUUCUCGACUAGACGAGGGUAAAACUACGACCUACUUUCAUCUCACCCACAGUCGCAACACGGCAGCGAACGAGGUGAGGUUGCCACCCUUCCCGGCCAAGAAAAUAGACACCGUCGAUACCUAUUAUCAACGAGGAGGACUCUUCCAAACUCCAGCAUAUCUGGGACAGACUAUGGUAUACUAAGACCUUUUGUACAACCUGAUGAGCAGAGUUUCUAUAUUCGGUUCUGCCAUUAACACUUGCACUAGGUACGCGUGGUUUUCGCUAAUAUGAUAUGAUAUGUAGUUAGAAUAAUAUAUAGAACGGAUCACGUAGAAUGGACUUGGAUGGAUCGGAUGGACCCCCCUAAGUCUUCCGAUCCUACUGGAAAUGGUGGGAAGUCCAUACGUUCCAUCCGAUCCAUCCCAUCCCGGAUCUGCCACCCAUGUACUUAAAUUAUUCUAUGAUAAGAUCCUUCUCACAGGCAGCCGAAUAGAUUCAAAUCAUCAAAAUCCUUCUCACAACCAUGCGUGUCUAUUCCGUUUUUCUGCAAUAACAACCUACUAAACCCUAAGCCCCCCUCGACAAGAAACAUUUUCAGGCAUCAACGAUCACGAACCCCUCUCUACGAUGGGGAAUUACGCUAUUUCUUUACGCUUUCCCGUUUAUUGGAGGCCUCAUUGGCAUGUAUAGGGGAUACAUGGCCGCAACCGACGUUGCGCCAGUGCAACAUGCCGAUUUAUCACUUCAGACACAAGAUUAUGAAACUACUUACUUCAAGUUGAAGUAGUAGCCUAAUGUUGUCGCCUUGAAUGAAUUGGUCCUUGAUCGUUACAUAUUAUCUACUCUCUCUAGUCUGAAAUAAUAUAAAGAGCUUCUUCUACAGUCCGACACUCAAUUGGGCAUUCUACAGUCACACUCAAUUUAGUGUAUUCUGAGCCUGACUACACAUCAUCUUCUAACAAAACACGGUGAAUUUGCUCGUUUACAUCGUCCUGGUCAUGGCAUCUUGUGCCAUCGUUUGCGACAUGGCGUGGUACUUGAUCGGCAUCUAUUCGCUUGCUCGGUUGGGCGGACACAACAAGACCAGUAAGGAAGUCUAUACCACGGAGGCCUACCAACCACCAAAACUGGACAACGACGCUAUCGAGAAGAUCAUCGCGAAGGCGAAAUACCUGAAAGCCACUGGUGGAGUCACUGCUGUUGGCGCGCCACCGUUGCCCUUUUACGCUCGCAAGCAUUACCUUGACGCGAUAGAGACGCCAGUAGCAACCGAAUUCUUCAAGAAGCAGGGAGGUGCUUCACGCUCUUCAAGUCGUGCACUUGGUGAGUGCUCGACUAGUGCAUCGUCAUCGUCAUCCUCCUCAUCAUCAGACGAAGAAACCAGUAGCACUGUCUCUGCAGAAUUGAGUUCAAAAGUCAAGGACUUUUUGAAUGCGGAUGUGGAGGAGGCAGCUUGCCUUGCUGACGAGAUCUUUCAACCGAUGACGGUCGUUCUCCCAGCCUACAUGCCAAACGAAGAAGAAAUCAUCAUGGAUGUGCUGCGAUAUUACAUUAUGAGUGGUGGUGGCCAUUAUAUUUUUCAUCUAAGUAUACAUUUGUACCUUCACUUUUUGUUUCUUUUGGUUCUUUUCCUUUUGAGGUUGGCUCCACCACUAUUAUGAGUGGCGAAGAUUGUAAUCACUCGAGCUUUCUGCUGAUGCACUUCUGCCGCAGUAAGGUGAGGAGAAGUCAACUUUUACUUUCCAGUUUGUAGAUGUAAGAUGUUUGUCUCAUGUGCGGGAUUAUGACUCUCUCUACCCCUGCUAUACAUAGUUUUCAGCACCAGCAGUACUACAUGCUAAUAAAAAUCCAUUGUGGUUUAUAGUUUUCAGCGUCCUCCAUAAGUGAAACUGUCUAAGAAAAAAGCGGAAGAGCCAAAAUAUCCAGGUGGGUUCAAGAUCCUACUAGUGUGGAACAGUCCCAAAACUGGAGACGCGCAUAAGGACAUUAUCCGCGAGCUAGCAGAAUUCGAGAAGGAGUGGCCUAAAUUCAAGGGAAUGAGGAUCAUGGGUACGUCAACCUCAACCUCCUCUUUCAUUUAUAAUACGACAUGCAACUGCAAGUUUUGCGAAAACGAAAACAAAAACAGUUUUGCUUCUAGUUUUCUCGUUCCUCACAACGAUUUUUCAUCUCAGCGUAGUGGGGUAGUCCUCUUUUUACUCCUUGCAUCUUCUUGAAUAUUAGUAUUUAUAGGGUUAGCAAUAAUUUGCGAAAUCCUUAAGAGACUCCUUUAAGUGGCUUCCUUAAGGAAAACCCUUUUCCUUAAGGAAUUUCUAUUACAAAAAGUUAUUAUAACUUUCCUUAAGAGAAAAAAAAUUCCUUAAGGAAGCUCCUUAAGGAAAAGUUGUAAUAGCCCUUGGCUAAUAUUAGACCCCUCCUUAAGGGAUUCGCAAGGACUCGCAAGGCUCUCUAAAGCCCUUGCGCUGCUAGUGCUACGAGUUCAAAGGCACCGCGAACAUGUUAACGCGUUCACGGCUGUUAGUUUGUAGGCUACUCACGUACCCAGCCACAUCUGCAGCAGGACACUACGCGACCCCUAGCGAAUCGCCCCAACGAACUUCCAGCCGCUACCCUUGUUAUUUAUCGCCCGGCGCCUUUACUUUUUUCCAAAAACUUCAGGGAGGUCAUUCAAAUACAGAGAAAACGGAACGACCUCCCUGAAGUUUUUGUAAAAAAGUUAGCUCGCUCCCCUUCCGCGACUACCUUCCGCACACAGCAAUCGACCACAGGAGCGCGCGGCAGCCCUUGGAGAUGGUUAACCAGUAUACUUCUAACCAGCUCACCAGGGUCCACCCUUCAGCCAUGCAAGCCCUCACGGCUAUCAUUCUCACAGACAUCGACAUCCUCAACGGCUUCGACUUUCACACACAGCGACGUAUAUCCUUGGCCUUCUCAUGGAUAUGAUGCUCACCAGGGUCCACCCUUCAGACAUGCAAGUCCUCACAGCUAUCAUUCUCACAGACAUCGACAUCCUCAACGGCUUCGACUUUCACACACACAGACGCACUUCCUUGCCCUUCUCAUGGAUGUGAUGACGCUCGCAAGGGUCCACCCUUCAGACAUGCAAGUCCUCACGGGUAUCAUUCUCACAGACAUCGACAUCCUCAACGGCUUCGACUUUCACACGCAGAGAUGUAUAUCUUUGGCCUUCUCAUGGAUAUGAUGAUGCUCACCAGGGUCCACCCUUCAGACACGCAAGCCCUCACCACGGCUAUCAUUCUCACAGACAUCGACAUCCUCAACGGCUUCGACUUUCACUCACAGGGAUGCAUAUCCUUGACCUUCUCACGAAUAGGAUGAUGCUCACCAGGGUCCACCCUUCAGACAUGCAAGUCCUCACGGCUAUCAUUCUCACAGACAUCGACAUCCUCAACGGCUUCGACUUUCACACACAGAGAAGAAUAUCAUUGGCCUUCUCAUGGAUAUGAUGACGCUCACCAGGGUCCACCCUUCAGACAUGCAAGUCCUCACGGCUAUCAUUCUCACAGACAUCGACAUCCUCAACGGCUUCGACUUUCACGCGCAGAAAUGUAUAUCUCUGGCCUUCUCAUGGAUAUGAUGACGCUCACCAGGGCCCACCCUUCAGGCAUGCAAGUCCUCACGAAGCCGUUGAGGAUGUCACCUCCCCAGCCUUCCCUUCCUUGACGCAGUGCGUGGGAGCCACCUUCCCAGCCUUGGCGAGCAGACUUGGCGACUUUUUUCGUUUGUCUUUCUGUCUCUUAGUAGUCAAUCUGUCUAGUUGUUAACCUAUGCCCGGCGCAGCGGGCCCUUGAUGGGCCCGCUUUCUGGGCAUGUACUACUAUUACAUCUCAUACAAAUCAUUCUGUUCCCCCUUUGUCUUUGGUCAACCAAUCAUUGUGUUAAGACAAGGACUACCUCCGUCAAUCUAAGUACAUCUAUCUAUCACCAUCAUGAUCUUCCCAGAUUCAACCUGCAAGGCGGACAAUCUGAACGUGGCGAUCCGAAUGUUGGACACACCUUUUGCUCUGUUCAAUGACAGUGACACCAUAGUAAGCGCAGAAACGAUGUGCCGGGCAGCUGUGCAUAUCUUUAUGCUGAAGAUUUGUUACUUGCUACUCAGUCUCAGACCACAUGGAUCAAUUAAAUAGCACAAUGUGUGUCGUUGCAAUUGCACCUAAAUAAGAAGGCCCUGAAUGAGGGGAACGACAUCCUCAUGUCGACCUUCUGAAUGAGUGGAAGCAUUCACACAAGAAGAUCGCGAGCCAUCGUCGUUGGAUUCAACCAAUACGAAAUGGCGAAGAUGACAACAAAUACAGAACGACGCACCAGAUCCAACUCAUAGACCUACCCUGUCCAUGCAGGUAGUGCUAGUCCUAGUACGACUACUCUCAUCACAUACACAUUCUAAGCCCCUCGGCCCUGAGCAAUACGACGUGGCUCAGAGUCGCAACAUUUAUUGCAAGGACGAUUACGAGGGCUACCCAGAAGGGGCCUCCGAGGGCUUUAGACCAACGACGGCAUUGAUGGCCUUUCGGGAUUCGUUUUCACAGGCGAACUUGUUUAUGGGCCAUCUCUUUGAGCGAACGAACUUCAACGGUCGAGGAGGCUUCUGGCGAACGAAAGCAGUAAAGGAUGUCGAAUUCGACACGAGGACACUAGCAGAAGACCAUGACGCGAGCUGCCGAGCAUUCAUGUACUUACAACCCUGAGGACUGAGGACAUCGACAUUUGGUGGAGAGUUCAAAGGCUUCACAGUCGAUAAACGAGAAGUUCUAACAAGGUGGUCUUAAUAAAAGCGUGGUGACCAUCUCGUUGAACAUGAUCCUAUACUUCCAACUCUUGCAUUACUUGCAUUACCACCUACAAUAGACUACAACAGCUGAUUGAAUAAGUAAAUACACACAACAAGUCGUGGUCAGCACUUCUAGCUCCUUCCACCCCCACACAUUCUCAGGUAUUUCGGUUAUCGUGGAGUGUUGGACAACAACAUGUUGUGCCAAGAGCGCGAGCCAGCUACGUUUGAGACGGUGAACAAACAAAGAAGGAGGUGGAUGCAUUGUGCUUUGCAGAUCAUGGACCGGACUAUCGCGUGGAACUGGGCAUCCAGAUUUUCACAGGGAUUGUUGGAUUAUGAGAUGGGUCGUCGAGAUAGGAAUGGUUCAAAUUGUUCCGGUAUUUUCCUAAGUUAGUAGUAACCUCCUCGUACUAGUACUUCCCUUCAUGAGUAUAGUCCUUCUAAGUAAAGCGAAAGCAAGUUGUAAAGCGAAGACAGGGUAGUCUUCGUCGAAGAUAGUGAGUGCAGCGAGUGGCAACAGCUUCCGUUCGCCUUCCAAUUCAUGAAACUAUCGAAAAUUUAGAAAAUAAGCGAGUAGCUACCUGAAGCAGAAAUUAAAGAGUCGCUACAUUGUUCGUCUUUCAGUAUCUCGGUUAUUCAAAGUAGUAACUUGCUUAUUACAGUUUAUCAAAUAGCCCUUACCUCAUCUACACCUUCUAACUCAAGCGAUGGGUAUACUGGUACAGUUACACGGAAGCGCGCACACCAGUGGAGACGCAGAUAUUUUACCUGUUUUACUUCGAAAUUUUUGGUCUGUGUUUUCGGGCGCACAACAUCGUCGAAGCAGGAGCAUGCAGGACAGCGUACUUCAUUUCUGCCUGGAUCUUCUUUUCCUUUCUAACGCUGUCCCGAUGAAGAUGUGGGAGUGUCGGCAUAAUGAUUGUCGUAUGAUAUCUUCAUAACCUAUACGACCUACUCCUGCGGCUGCGUUAAUCUGCUCGAGUAUGCAGGUAAAACUGUGGACGCCGGACUGAAUCCUAAUCCUACUCCUCUACUCCUCCAGGUAUUACUUCCUCCUCUAUGUUGGUGUGGUUUGCUUCUUUCUGCGCAUGGUAUAUGUGGCUCUGAUGGUGAGCCAAUGCCGAUACAAUCCAGGAUGGAUGCGGGUCUGCUUGCCGCUUCACAUGAUCUCCGGUGUCCUCCAAGGAUGCUAUCAGAAGCUCUUCGCGUAUCAUUAAGGCUUUGAUCAGAAGACGUCCUUCUCCUAAGUUAGUAGGUGUAUGUUUUUCUUCAACUCAUUUUACGAACAAGAGCAUGUGAGAAGAUUAGGAUGAUCACUCUCUAAUAUCACGACUACUAUUGGGGCACCGGCAAGUGGGUCUGCACAGCGCGAGCGACGAAUAUUGCGGCUGUGCCAUCUGCAACAACUAGUGGAUCUACGCUUACCAAGCCAUUGCUCAACAAGGACUAA